UAAAGACAACAAAAUGGUGAAUGUAAAUGGUGUUCACACCAUUCUUGGAAUUAUUGGCAACUUAACUUCAUUCAUCCGACUUGCAUCACCAAUGCCUACAAUUUGGAGAUUCCUGAAGAAAAAAUCAGUGGAGGAGUUCACAUUUCACCCAUAUGUUGCUGGGAUAAUGAUUUGCAUCCUGUGGGUAUUCUAUUCUAUGCCAUUUGUACACCCACAUAGCAUUCCAGUCACAACCGUGAACUGCAUUGGUCUCUUUUUGAAUGUUGUCUAUGUCAUUGUAUACUGGAUAUAUACAGUGAAUAGUAAAAGGAAUGAAAUCAAAGAAUGUCUUAGUGCUGAGUUGGGGGUUCUACUUUUCUUAGCUAGUGUGACGCUUCUAGCAUUCCACAACCAGACGACAAGAUCCAACUUUCUAGGAGUAUUCUGCGAUAUCUUUGGGAUUGUAUUCUAUGGAGCACCACUUACUGCUAUGUGGAAUGUUAUCAAGACAAAAAGUGUUGAAUUCAUGCCACUGUCUAUAUCCCUAACUGGAUUUGCUAAUGGAAUUGUCUGGAGUGCAUAUGGUGUUCUCAGAUUUGAUCCCUAUAUUCUGAUUAGCAAUGCAUUUGGAGCAAUACUCGGUGCCCUCCAACUUAUAUUGUAUGUUGUCUACAGCAGGUCCAAACCAAAGGAUGCCCCCAAUCCAACCCCCCAAAUUCAGCUAUCAACUGGCACAAAAAGUUUAGCUACAGCUGCAGUUUGAGACUAACAUGGAGCUUUACUACCUCAAAUUCCUUUCUUAUCAGCCCUAUGUUUUGUGUAACGAUGGAUUUUAUAAUUAAUCAGACGGUCAAAGGUUUAUUUUUGUAAGUGAACAAAGAGGAGAAUCACAACAAAAGAAUACAAAACAAUAAUUAGUUAGGACAUCAUUAUGAUAGCUCAAAAUUUCCUUGUAUAGGUGUUUCAGAGUAGCACAUGGCACUUAAAUCAGACUAUUCAGAUAUCCUGUGAUAUUACCUUCUCAGCAAUACACAAUCUAUAGAAAGUGACUGAACUAGAUAAGGUUCAUUCCAAUAUGUCAUGAACUCAAUGAUAAAAAGUUUGAAUUAAAAGGGGGGAGGUAGCAGUGCACACACUUUUCACAGACUCCACUUGCUCUCCAAAGUUAUGCAGAACCAUCUUCAACAUUAUGAUAUUUUUUUUUUAAUGGCCAGUUCAUAUUCAACAACAGAUCAUAAACAGUGUAAAAGAUACUACAGUAGUAUAUUCAAACUAAGCAAAAAAAAACAAGUGCUGAUAGCUCAUGAAUUGUAGUUGCAUAUAUAUAGAAUAUCAUGCCAU